AACAAUGAAUAUCGCAUCGGUAGACAAGUUUUUGAACGAGUAUUUAAACGUCAUUGUGAUAACAGUUGUUUGAUAAAGCUGAUAAGCCUGGAAUAAGAAAAGUUCAAAGUCAAACUUUCUAAACACACGAUCGAUUCUUAGUUUUCUAUUAUUUUAAGACUAUAUUUUGUUUCUUAAAAUUAAUAAAAAUGGUAUCAGGAAUAGUGGCUGGAAGGUUGGCUCUAGUUACGGGAGCUGGAUCUGGCAUAGGCAGAGCAGCAUGCCAAGUACUAUCCAGAGAAGGUGCCAUAGUUGUAGCUGCUGACAAGAACUAUGAAGCUGCUAUGGAAACAAUUAAGACUCACACAGCUUUGGCUUCAGGCAGAAAUGAUGCAGAUCAUAUGGCAGUGGAACUGGAUGUUUCCAAUUCGACAGCAGUGAGAAACCUAUUAACGACAAUAUUACAGCAAUACAAAGCACCUCCAACAAUAGUGGUGAAUUCUGCUGGUAUUACCAGAGACAACUGGCUGCUUAAACUGUCUGAGGAAGAUUAUGACAGUGUGCUAAAUACUAAUUUAAAGGGCACUUUUCUAGUUAUGCAAACAUUCUCAAAGGCGAUGUCAGAAGCAGGGCUACCAGGCUCGAUUGUAAACCUUUCUAGUAUUGUUGGCAAAUAUGGAAAUAUAGGCCAAACCAAUUACGCUGCAAGUAAAGCUGGUGUAAUCGGCAUGACACAAUCAGCAGCUCAGGAACUAGGGAAAUUCAAUAUUAGAGUAAACGCGAUAUUACCAGGCUUCAUAGAAACUCCAAUGGUGAAGACUGUUCCUGAGAAGGUCAUACAAGGAAUAAUGAAGCAAGUGCCUUUGGGACGACUUGGGUCUCCUACUGAACUAGCGGAAGUGAUCGCCUUCUUGAGUUCUGACAAGAGCUCGUUCAUGACUGGGGCAUCGAUCGACGUUACUGGUGGAUACUAGACUGGGUACCAGAAUAAUUGAAAU